GAGUUUAGUUUGCAAUGGUCCCGUGAACUGGAAGGGUGGAACUUCCCCUUAAGAGAUCUGGUACCGUUGGCUGUUCGAGUCAUAUCUGCCAUAACGCGGUCUCGACUUUCUUUCUGGAUAAACUGCCUUACGGGAAAUAUUUACGUCUUUGUAAUAAAGAAUUUGCACUAUGUGCAACACGUCGGCAUCUUCGUCGUCAGCCAAGGACCAAAACGCUGGUUCCAGAGAGACGGACGAAACUACAAACGAUGUUGCCAAAAGCCCGGGUAUACAUCACGCUAUCGUCGAGUUGGAAGCUAAAGAAGAACGGAAAAAUAACGAUGGAGAUGAUGGAAAAGAGUCGAAGGAGAAGGAAAGGUCUUGCCUGAGUAAAGUGAGUGCUUUCAUUACAAAAGCACUGGAAGAAAAGUUUGAAUCCCAUGGGCGUCGUGUGGCUACUUAUCCACGCAUGACUGCUGCGUUGUGCCUGGUUGUCUCCGCGCUCUGCGGCUUAGGAACAAUGACCUUUUUCACCGAACUUCGACCCUACCGUCUCUGGAUACCUCAAAACUCAGAAUUCAUCAAGGUCAUGAACUGGCAAGCUGAAAAUUUCCCUAGCUCCUACCGUCAACAAAUGGCAGUGUGGGAGGCAGACAAUAUCCUUACAGCUCGAGUGAUACAAGAGAUGUGGAGGCUUCACACAAGAGUUAUGGACAUUACUGUGGGUUCCAACAGCACUUCAUGGAAUGACAUAUGUGCAAGAGUCCCUUCUAUUCCCAUGGGCAACCUAGGAGCUCCAGAGGAGGAGGUUGACUAUGAUGAUUUCGAUUAUGGAACCCUUUCUCUCAGACGCCGCAGAAGUGCGAACGAGAAGGAUACUGACCUUAGCUUGGUGCUUCCGAGAGACCAGUAUUGCCGAACCUUAGACAACUUGCCUAAAAUGUGCCUAGAGACGAGUCUUUUGGAAAUAUGGGGUCUAGAUGAAGAACGAAUCAUGAACCUUACUGAUGAGCAAGUAGUGGAAGAUGUCAAUACAGUCCAGAUAAGCGGUGUGUUUGGCUUCCAGGUUAACUUUACAAAAUACCUUGGAUCUGUUUCGUAUGACGAGACUGGACGAGUUAUUUCAGCAAAGGCUGCUACUCAUAUCUGGGUAUCUCAAGUUGAUGAAUUUGCCGUACAGAAUGGCAAUUUCAUUGUUGAUCUAGGCUCUAGCGAGGCUGUUGAUACGGCAAGCAUGGUGUGGGAAAAGAAAUGGGUAGACAGCGUGUUAAAUGAUCCCUCAAGACCAAAAGACCUCACAGUUUAUGCCCAUGCUGCCAGUAGCUUUGGAGACAUUAGUGACAAAAACAUCUGGGGUGACGUGAAAUGGCUGAUGGUCGGGAUCUGCAUCAUGAUAUCUUUUGUGAAUAUGACCCUAGGUCGUAGAAAUCUCGUUCAGCAACGUCCAUUGCUAGCUUUCAUGGGAAUAGCAAGCAUUGGGCAAGGUGUUGCUAUUGCUUAUGGGUUGUGCUCCAUAUUGGGCAUUCCUUACAACCCAGUUAAUUCUAUUUUACCCAUUCUCCUUAUUGGCCUUGGUGUUGAUGAUAUGUUUGUCAUUAUGGCUGCUUGGGAAACUGCAAGCAAACACAAGGCAGCAGUCACAGAUCUUGUAGAACGCGCUGGAAAAACAAUGCGCCAUGCAGGGGUAGCCAUAACAGUCACUUCCUUGACUGAUGUCACUGCUUUUGCAGUUGGGGCUUCUACUGAUCUUCCUGCUUUACGUUCUUUUUGCAUUUACGCCUCUGUUGGUAUUUUUGCUGUGUAUGCCCUACAGGCUACAUUCUUCUUGGCAUGGGUAGUAAGAGACGAACAAAGAAUAAGAGAAAAUCGAAAUGGAUUCCUCUGGUGUGUUGUACACCGGGACUGGAAACCAUGGGCGUGUAGCAAGAGGGAUCUGAUGGCAGAUGGCUUCAAAUGGUUUUGUCGAUUCAUUCUCUCUACUCCCGUUCGUGUAGUGGUUUUGAUUUUCACAGGGGCACUCAUGGCGGUCUCUGUUUGGACGACAUUAAAUCUUCAUCAGGAAUUUAAUCCUAUGUGGUUUAUUCCACAAGAUUCUUAUUUGUAUAAGUCUUUUGAAGCCACAAAACAUCAUUUUCCAGAGAGUGGUGAAAAGGGAUACAUAUACUUUGCUAAUAUUUCCUUACCUGAUGACUUAGUUCCUCUUAACAAACUAGUGAACGAUCUGACUUCUAGUGGCGUGGUAACGGAUGUCAAUGCCUGGUUCACUGCACUUGACAAUUACCUGUCUCACAUCCCAGAAAUAGACAGAACGACAAUUGAUUAUUCUAUGCUUCAAGACAAGCUUUCAAUUUUCCUCCAGUCAUCCUCAGGAGCCUCGUAUCGAAAUGAUUUUUCUGUUGACGGUCAACUUGAGUGCCUCUAUCCAGCUCCGCCUGUGUCAUCCUUUAGAAUUUCGAUCACUCACAGACCUGCUCCUACACCGAGAGAGCAAGUGAAGGUAUUGGAUACAAUCAAGACUCUGGUAGCUGGCGUACCAGUUCAGGGGUACAGAGCUGCGUGGGCACAGGCUUACAGUGUCUGGGAAACAAAUGAAGUCGUCGGCACUGAGCUGUGGAGGAAUAUGCUCUUGGCAGCGAUUGUAGUGGGUAUCGUCACUCUCAUUCUUUUGGCCUCGUUUUGGGGCGCCUUUCUCGUCUUAAUGUGCGUUGCGUCUACAGUAGUUGGUGUAGGGGGUACUAUGUGGCUUUGGGGACUGACAGUCGAUACAGUUUCCUGCAUCGCCCUCGUUUUAGCAAUCGGUUUAAGUGUCGAUUAUGCAGCUCACAUAGCGCACGCAUUCUUGGCUGCUCGCACGACAACCAAUAAGAAAGAGCGCGCCUGUCUUGCAGUCGAAGGGGUGGGCCCAGCUGUGCUACAAGGCGGUGUGUCUACUUUACUGGCUUUUGUUCUGUUAGCGUGGUCCUCUUCACAUGUAUUCAUUACUUUCUUCAAAGUAUUCACGGCAGCUUCGGUUAUUGGUCUUUACUAUGGGCUCAUAUUUCUCCCCGUUGUGCUUUCUUUCAUUGGCCCAGCUGCCUAUGAUAAAGAAGAAGAAGACUUCGAGAAAUCCGAUGAUACGGCAUCCAACAAGGAACCCGAAAAGACUUCAGAAUCGCGACAAUCUAAAGCUUAUAGUAACGCGGCAUUUUCUUUCGACGUGGUAUAACGACAAAAUCAUUACUGCGUUUAAUUUCGAACUGCUCAUUAAUUAGAAAAAAUAUCCUGUACUUAUCUGUGAUAACUCUAUAAAUGUAAAUAUAUAAAUAUGACAACAGAGAGUAUAAGCCGAUUUUGAAAUGACAUUAAUGAAAUGUGUGGUUGUUACUUGUCAACUGAUUAUAUGAAAAUAAUGUACAUUGUGAUGCGUCAGAACGGUUUUAGCAUUGGUAGAUUGGUGAUAUCCCCUAGGGGCACUUUUCAUGACUGGUGGAAAUCAUAGUGAUACCCAACUACUAUAUUUUCAUUAUAUCUGAACUGAGCUCCGUAUUUAGACGUUUGGUCCCUGAUAUCAGUGACUGUAGGUGUGUAGGAUAUUGUUUAGGCAUAGAUAGUUUUGUAGUUGUAGGAUGAACUAGUUUGUCAUUUGACAAUUGCCAAAGAUCUUUCUGUUUUACCUUGUCACCAUCUAGUGAUGCCUGUUUGACCUGCUAAUUCAUAUGCAUUAGUACCUUAUUGUGUAUGAUUACGAUAAUUUUGUGAAUUAUUGAUGUUUUGUACGACAUUGCUUUCAAGGCUGUGAUCUGAGUGAGUGUGAAACCUUAUUUCCUCUAAAUAUCAAAAUCAAAAUACUGAAGACACCUCAGGUCUCAGGUAUAAAGCCAGCAAGUAUAUUUCUUUCUGCAUAUUAUCUGAUUGGUCGUUUUCACGUAGGUUUAAGAAUAUCAACAUAACUUCAUUAUAAAAUGUAUCGUCAAAUUAUAUUCUUGAAAAUAUUCUAAUAGUGUGAUAAUAAAAAAAACAAUAUGCCCCAUUAAUUGUUCAUCGGAUUCUUAAGAAUUUAUGGGUGAACUUUUAGGAACGGAUAAAAUACAACCAAAUUAUAUUCAGGAACUGGUGCUGUCAAUUUAUCGUUUGUAUACCCUGAGAUGGCCACUUGUAA